UAGUGUGUGUUGAAUCCAAUUCUCGAUGGAAUCACAGUGGCCUGCGAUUAACCUUAAGUCCCCCUCUCACCCUCACCCUCACCUCCGUGGCCCUCCUCUAUUCAUUUCUCUUCUUCCUCAUCCUCAUCAUCUCCCUUCUCUUCGCCACAUCCCCAAGAGAGAGAAACUAAGCACACCGCCACAUUUCCCGGAGGGACAAAUUAAAACAAACAAAUCUCCGGAUUAAUAAUGCCCGAACCGGAUGAAACCGCCCUUCCUCCAAGGUCAAGGGAGUUUUUGACUCCUCUUCCCCAAUCCGACAGGGAGUUCCUGAUGAUGGAUCUCGAUCGCGAGUUUUCAUGGACUUUCGAUCAGAUCUUCGCUGCUGCCGCUUCCAAUCCUGCACCUCCUUUCCUAUUCUCCGCCUCCGAGCAGCCUUGCUCGCCUCUCUGGGUGUUUUCCGACGAUAACGACGACGCGCCUGCCGGGAAUGCUGCCCGCCUCUCCGACUACUCCCGGCUAAUCUCUUAUGCAGGAGAUCUUGAUGCUAUUACUGAAGGGGUUUCUGGAAAAGAUGAGAAAAGGAGGCUACCCCCUCCAGUGCUGGGAUCAACAGCAAAAGAUUAUCUAGAUAUAUCUUGUAAAAUCAAGGAGAAAAUCACACAAGCACUGAGAUACUUCAAAGAAUCAACCGGAGAGCAUGUGUUAGCUCAGGUCUGGGCACCAGUGAAAACUGGGGGGCGCUAUGUGCUUACAACUUUAGGCCAGCCUUUUGUUCUUCACCCAAAUAGCAAUGGGCUUCAUCAGUAUAGAAUGGUCUCUCUCAAGUACAUGUUUUCUGUGGAUGGGGAGACUGAUGGAGACCUUGGACUUCCCGGUCGAGUCUUCAGGCAAAAGUUGCCAGAAUGGACACCAAAUGUGCAGUAUUACUCCAGCAAAGAGUUCCCGCGACUUAGUCAUGCUUUGGACUACAAUGUUCGAGGAACUCUGGCAUUGCCUAUAUUUGAACCUUCUGGGCACUCUUGUGUUGGUGUACUUGAGCUUAUAAUGACAUCCCAAAAGAUCAACUAUGCACCUGAAGUUGAUAAAGUAUGCAAGGCUCUUGAGGCAGUGAAUUUGAGAAGCUCAGAGAUAUUGGAUCAUCCAGGCAUGCAGAUUUGCAAUGAAGGUCGCCAAACUGCAUUGGUUGAGAUCUUGGAGAUAUUGACAGUGGUAUGUGAAAAUUACAAAUUACCCUUGGCUCAGACAUGGGUUCCGUGCAGGCACCGAAGCGUCCUAGCUGAUGGGGGUGGGUUGAAAAAGAGCUGCAGUAGCUUUGAUGGAAGCUGUAUGGGACAGGUCUGUAUGUCCACGACAGAUCUAGCAUUUUAUGUGGUGGAUGCUCGCAUGUGGUAUUUCCGUGAGGCUUGCGUUGAGCAUCACUUGCAAAAGGGGCAGGGAGUUGCUGGGAGAGCUUUUGCUUCUCAGAGGUCAUGUUUCUGUGAAGACAUCACACAAUUUUGCAAAACUGAAUACCCCUUGGUGCACUAUGCAAGAAUGUUUGGUUUGACCAGCUGUUUUGCAAUCUGCUUACGAAGCACUGAUACUGGCAACGAUGACUAUAUCCUGGAAUUUUUCCUUCCUCCUCGUGCUGGCAACUUCAGUGACCACCAUACUCUGUUGAGCUCGCUCUUGUUGACUAUGAAACAACACUUCCGAAGCCUUAGGGUGGCUUCAGGCGAUGAUAUUGAGCACGAGUUGGGAUCUAUUGAAAUUAUUAAAACUAAAAUGGAAGAGAAACUUGAUUUAAGUCCUGAAUCUGUUUCAUUAUCCAAAUCUACAUUCACUCCUCAGCCUACUAAGAUAACUGAUGCCCAGUUCUGUCCUGAUACAGUGGGAGAUCAAAAACUGACUUCAGGACUCAAUGCUACAAAUGAUGGAGCAGAUAGAAGGGAGCCUUCUGACACACAGAACCAUGCAUCUUUGGCUGGGAAAAAAGAUGUGGGUAAGAAGUCGGUGAGAAAGCGUGGAAAAGCAGAAAAAUCAAUUAGUUUAGAAGUUUUGCAACAAUAUUUUGCUGGAAGUCUAAAGGAUGCUGCAAAGAGCCUUGGUGUUUGCCCUACGACAAUGAAACGCAUCUGCAGGCAGCAUGGGAUCUCUAGGUGGCCAUCUCGCAAGAUAAACAAAGUUAAUCGUUCCCUAUCAAAGCUAAAACGUGUCAUUGAAUCUGUUCAUGGUGCUGAAGGUGCAUUCACUUUGACUAAUCUAGCUACAAAUUCAAUUCCUGUUGCAGUGGGUUCCAUUUCUUGGCCAGCGACUGUGAACGACUCCAACCAGCAUACUUCUCCUUGUUCCAGACCAUCGGAAUCUCCUAAAGAGAAAAAUGCGUUCUUCAACCAUAACGCACCUGGAUAUCAGGAUGACACUGAACCUUCAAAUCAAAUCCUAAGAGGCCAAGUUUUGGGGAAUGAACUCGCUCCUCAACAAAAUGGAUUCGCUGUAGGUGAGGGCUCAAACAGGUCCAGAACAGGCAGUGGCUCGGGAGAAGAGAGUGCAGGGACCCCUACUUCUCAUUUCUCAUGUCAAGGUAGUCCUUGCCGUGGAAAUGAACCCUCCCCUCCGAAUGAGCUAAUUCUUUCACCUAUUCAUUGCCCUGACACAAAAAUAGGGAGCAACACCGAGUUAACUUGUCAACCAGUGAGAGCAAUCAAUUUAUUGGCUGCCAACUCACUACCCGAUACUUUGAUUGCAGAACAACCUCAAGAGGCAUUCGGUGGAAUGCUAAUUGAGGAUGCUGGCAGCUCUCACAAUCUGAGGAAUCUCUGUUCAGCCGGAGAAACUCCUUUCGAUGAACGUAUGCCAGAAUGCAGUUGGACUCAUCCACCUUGUUCCGAUGCACUGCCCAAAGGCUGCUUGGCUGUACGUCCUGAGAGAGUGCCACAAUAUCCUGCUAGGCCAGAAUUGACAUCCAUCACAAUAAAAGCCACAUACAGGGAAGAUAUUAUAAGGUUUCGACUGCCUUUGAGUUCUGGCAUUAUAAAAUUAACAGAGGAAGUGUCGAAGAGGCUGAAGCUAGAAGUGGGCACCUUUGACAUCAAGUAUCUAGAUGAUGAUCAUGAAUGGGUUUUGAUUGCUUGCGAUGCAGACUUGCAAGAAUGCAUUGACAUAUCAAGAUCAUCAGGCAGCACUAUUAUCAGACUGUUAGUUCAUGACAUUAUGCCCCAUCUUGGAAGCUCCUGCGAGAGCUCGGGUGGAUGAAUAGGCUAAGGUUGUAGACUUGUACGUAGGUAGUAGAACCAUUCUUGCAGUUUUAGGAGCUUUUGUUUAGCACAGUUUUCGGUUAUGGGAAAUUGUAAGAAAAAUGUUCAAUUCUAUAGCAUGGACUUUUAGCUUCCAGGUUUC